AUGUCACCAUUAGAUAAUAAUUCAUCGGCCGAUGAAUUAUUUGAAAUAUUUAUCAAUGCUCAAACAGCUAAAAGUAUUUUACAUUCAUUUGAAGAGUUAUGUAAAUGUUUAAAUAUAAAACGAACAGAAUAUGGUAAAAGAAUAUUAUAUAAAACAUUGUGUUCAAAAUUAACGAGUUGGAAAGCAAAAAGUUUAUGGACAAAAAUUGAUAAACGAACUAAUCAAAAAGAGUAUGAAAAUGGACGGUCAUGUUCAGAACUGAAAGUUUGUAUCAUUGGUGCUGGUCCGUGUGGGUUACGUUUCGCAAUUGAAUGUGCAUUAUUAGGUGCAAGAUGUAUUGUUGUUGAAAAACGAGACAGAUUUUCCCGACAUAAUGUACUUCAUCUAUGGCGUUAUGUAAUUACCGAUUUGAAGAAUUUAGGUGCCAAACUUUUUUAUGGAAAAUUUGCAUUUGGCAGUAUCGAACACAUAAGUAAGUGUCUAACAUCAUAUGAACUUCUUCUUUUACAAUUUCUUAAAAUUUAAAAAUGUAUUCGUUCGCAAUUUUCUUUGAGACAAUUUGCCUUAAAGGUACCAAAGGAUGAAAGUCCCUGUAUAGUCAUUUAUUUUAACUUAUCAAUUUAUUUUAAGGUAUAAGCAUAUAUAGAAAGUAUAGAGAUGCACAAAAUAUCAUCGUUUAGUGUUUUAUUUAACAAAUACAUCAGAAAUAUGAAAAUGCGAGCUUUCAACCACACAUUGUGGCCAUCAGCAGGUAUAAUAACAUGUGUAAACAUUUAUCAUUUCAGAUCAUAUUUUUCGCUUCUUUUCUUCAUAUCUUUCCAUUUUUUUCUAUUAGUCAUAGUGUGAAAAAAUAUUUUUCCACACAAAUGAUCUUAAGAACUUGUCACAUUUGUCGAAAAAAUCAUACAUUUCAAAGCAAAGUAAAUAGUGUAGUGAAUAGAAUUUCAGUUAUCCAAAUAAUUCUAAAGCAUAUCUUGUAUCAUUAUAUGCUUUUCAAUAACUUUUAUGCGUGACUAAACUUUCUUUUACCACCUUCUUCUCCACUAUGUCUCUAAAGUCACCGUUUCCACAUUAUCAAUAUCAACAGUGUGAGUGUGAGUGUUCUAGAGAAUGUUGAGCUAACUGAGAAUUCGAUUUUCCAAUUUGAAUAGCAUAUUUAUGUUCACUCAUGCUUGUUAUAUACGUUAUAUACAAAUGUUCCGCUGAAUGAAGCCAUAGACAUUGCUUUAGAUACUAUGUAUAAGCCACAAAAAACGUUACUGAUGCCCCCAUUGGAUAGAACUCAAAUUAAAAGACUUUUACAAUUGGCUCUUUGUGGAAUGCCAUUUAGAUUUAUGAAUAAGACUUUUGUUCAGAUUGAUAGGGUUGCAAUGAGAUCAUCUUUGGCACCCAUAUUAGCCAAUUUAUUUAUGAAAAAAUUAGACAAGAAAGUAAAUCGAUUUUCAACUAAUAAGCCGAUGCUCUGGCUCAGAUAUAUGGAUCACAUCAUAUGUGUAUUUAA